UAUUUUGUUUUAAAAGCUUAUGGUAAAGUAAAACUAAAGAAAGGCUAGCACAAUCAUGGAUUCUAACGGUGGCUUUCAUGAGGUGGAAAAAGAUGGUAAACUAUUUCUGGUAUACCAUCACCCAAAAUAUUGUUCCAUACCCCAAAUACAGACCCUAACCUCUUCCCAUGACCUUCUUCUUCAACCUCUUUUCUUAUGCCCUAAGAUACGAUGUAGAAAAAACGUUGUCCAUUUUUCAGCAACUUUCCCGCUAAAUUCUUCCCCCGAAUACAUCUUUCCUACAACAACGGAUUCUAAUGAUCAUCAUGUAAUGCCUUUGUUCUGGUGCAAUAAUAAAGAAUUUGAUGUUAGCGGUGGGUGUUACAGAUGUCAUGGUUCAAAUUUCGGCACAGACUAUUACUUUUGUGAAUACUGUGAUCAAAAUUUCCACAAGGAAUGUGUUCAGUCUCCACUUAAAAUCAAACAUCCUUACCAUCCUAAACAUUCUCUCCAACUUUCCUUUCAUCAUCCUCAAGCUCGCACUAGUGAGUGUUUGUGUUGCGGAAAAAGAGCAAAAUAUAUGGUUUAUCAUUGUACCAUAUGUCAGGCUUUUAUGCAUCCAACAUGUGCGAUGAAACCAAUACCCUUUGUUAUAGACCCACCAAAAAAACAUGUCCAUCCACUCACAUUUUUCCCCAGACAAACUUCUUUAACUUGUAACGUUUGUGGUUUGUUGAGAAAAAUUCAUCCCACCUACGUUUGUCUCAGAUGCAACUUUGCAGUUCAUAUUGAUUGUAUGAGUUUCCCAAACUUCAUCAAGAUAUCACGUCACAAACAUCGUGUCUCCUACAUUCCUUCUGCUCCAUCCAGAGAAUGGUUUUGUGGAAUUUGUCGUCAAAGUGUUAACCGUGAUUAUGGUGCAUAUACUUGUGACAAGUGUAGUGAUUAUGUUGUUCAUCCAAUAUGUGCUACUGGGAAGAAUGUGUGGGAUGGAAAAGAACUCGAAGGUGUACCAGAAGAAGGUGAUUUAACACAAGAUCUUGGGCCGUUCAAUGUGAUAUCGAAAGGAGUGAUACUUUAUUUUCUUCAUGGCCAUCAUCUUUGGCUUGAAGUCAGCCUAAUUUAUGACGAAAAUAAGGUUUGUCAAGCAUGUGUCCUUCCUAUUUAUGAAGGUAACUUCUAUGUUUGUAUGGAGUGUGAGUUUAUCCUCCAUGAAAAAUGUGCUCAGGCUCCUCGUAGAAUUCAACAUGCAUUACAUCCUCAUCCACUUACAUUGAAAGAGUCCAAUGAACAUAGUAUAUGUUAUUUUACAUGCAAUGCUUGUGAUUGUAAAUGUGGUGGCUUUGUCUAUGAGUGUCGGACAGAGGGAUGCACCUUCAAUCUAGAUGUAAGAUGUGCUUCAAUUGUUGAGCCGUUUGAUUACAAAGGUCAUGAAGAUCCCUUGUUCCUAGCUUUAGACCAAGAAGUAAAACUCAUAUGUCAAGUAUGCAAAAGAACUUGUGAAAAACAACUAAAUUGCAUCAAAUGCAAUUAUGUUGUUUGUUUCAAGUGUGCUACUUUACCAUACAAAGCAAGGUAUAAACAUGACACACACUUUCUCACAGUUUCAUGUGGUGAAGAAGUAAGUGAGAAAGAUUGGUGUGAGGUGUGCGAACGCAAUCUAAAAGAUACAAGAACAAAAGUGUUCUACUGGUGCAAUGAGUGCUUCACCACUUUUCAUAUUGAAUGCGUAUUCGGAGAAGACCCAUAUAUGAAGCUCGGACAAUAUUUUGACUAUUGGGGGAAGAUUCAAAUUCUUGGCAAAUGUAAAAUCUCUCGACCACUAUGCGAUUCUUGCAAGAAACGUUGCCAUGGGAAAAUAUUUAAGAGAGGCAACAGCAUAGCAUGUUCUCUGGAAUGUAUGGUUCCUAACCUUUAUUAAAUCUAGAGUUUAGUUUC